AACAAAGAUUAAAGUCCCUCAGUAUAGUACUACGCAACUAGCAACAUGGUUGUGAUUCUGCUAGUGGCUAUCGGUCUGAUAGCUUUUUAUUUUUACUCGACUAGAAAUCACAGUUACUGGUCUAAAAGAAAUGUGAAACAUGAGAAGCCCAUACCGAUUUUUGGAAAUCAUUUCCGAAAUAUAUUCGGUUACAAGAGUAUCACGGACAUAUCGGAAGAGCUCUACAACAAAUACAAAGAUGAGAAGGUGGUCGGCUACUACCGCGGGAACACGCCCGAGCUGAUCGUGCGGGACCCGGAGCUGGUGAAGCGGAUCCUGAACGUGGACUUCGCGUACUUCUACAUGCGCGGGCUCACGCGGAACGACGCGCUGGAGCCGCUGCUGCUGAGCCUGUUCCACGUGGAGGGGGACCGCUGGAAGCUGCUGCGGCAGCGGCUGACCAGCGCCUUCACCACGCACAAGCUGAAGGGCAUGUUCCCGCUGGUGGUGCAGUGCGCCGGCAAGCUGCAGGCGGCUGCGGCGGCGCUGGCGGCGCGCGCCGAGCCCUACGACGUGCGCGAGCUCAUGGCGCGCUUCACCACCGAGUUCAUCGGCGCCUGCGGCUUCGGCAUCGAGAUGGACACCAUCAACAACGAGCACUCCCAGUUCCGCGACCUGGGGAAACUCAUCUUCACUCCGUCCCUCAGAUCCGUGAUUUUGAUUGGACUCAUAGAAAUUUAUCCGAAUCUGAUGAACUAUGUGUCCGUAUCGAACAAGGAAAUUGAAAAAUCUAUAUUGCAAAUUUUCAACCAAAUUCGAGAACAACGUAACUAUAAACCCAUUGGUCGAAAUGAUUUCGUGGAUUUGCUUUUAGAAUUGGAACAAAAGGGGAAAAUUCAAGGAGAAUCCAUCGAAAAAAGAGAUUCUGAUGGUAAACCGAUACAAGUUGAGAUGGAUCUGGACAUGAAGGUUAUGGUCGCGCAACUGUUUGUGUUUUUCGCAGCUGGUUUUGAAACCUCCUCCUCAGCAACCAGCUUCACCUUGCAUCAGCUGGCAUAUAAUCCCGAUGUCCAGACCAGAAUCCAAGGAGAUAUCGACAGGGUUAUGACUAAAUACAACAACAAACUGUGUUACGAAUCUAUAUCAGAAAUGAAAUUACUUGAUAUGGCAUUCAAAGAAUCAAUGAGAAUGUUCCCAUCUCUUGGAGUCCUUAAUCGUGUGUGUGCGAAAAAAUAUGUCAUACCAGAACUGGGCAUCACGUUAGAUCCUGGAGUGAAAAUUUUGAUUCCUAUACAAGCUAUUCAAAAAGAUGAAAAGUAUUUCGAUAACCCAACCGAAUAUAGGCCAGAGAGAUUCACAGCUGAAGCAGAGAAAGAACGACACAAGUUUGUUUAUUUACCAUUUGGCGAAGGACCGCGUGCUUGCAUUGGAACCCGUCUCGGCCACAUGCAGUCUCUGGCCGGGCUGGCCGCGCUGCUGCACCGGUUCACCUUCGAGCCCUCAGCCCUGUCGUCCCCCACGCUGGAGGUCAACCCCUUCUCCAACGUGGUGCAGGGCAUCAAGAAGAAUAUCCUCUUGAAGAUUACUGAGAGAAAAGUUAAGAGCGCCUAAUUUUGUUGGUAGCUACAGUCCGUA